ACAGCUGUUCGACCUUUCCAGUGAUUGGCAAACUCACUGUUUUUAUAACUUGCAACAAAAAUUCAAUUAAAAUAGUGAAAGAACUCAGAAAAAUGGCACAAAAGGUGAUCAAGUAUUUUGGCCGCACCACAGACUUUCGUGGCAACACGCUGUGGGAGCUGGUCUCCGACCUGCCCAACUGGGGAGUGGGCCGCCUGCUCAUACGUAACAUGUUCCAGCGAUAUCCGGAGCCCUGCUACAUGCGGAUUUUGAAGGUGCAGUCCGUGGACGAGCAGCCCGGCGAGAUCCGCAAGGUGCGCGUUACAGUGGAAAAAACGUGGCGCGGCGUAACUCAGCCAAAGCCCGUUGAGAUCUACAGCACCAGCUAUAAGGCGGACUUCGAAUUGGUGCCCCAGGAUCAGGAAGCAAAGUACCUGAACAACAAGAAGAAGGUUGAACCGGCGGUUCUGCCCACCAAGAUUGACCUUCCGCCUCUGCUCCGCGAACUGGUAUCGGAGGAAACGGGCAACCCCAAUCCCCAGAUGAAGGUCCACUUCAAAGUUACCGACAACAAAACAGCCAGAUUAGCCAAGGAUGGUGAAAAGUCAACAGUUAAAUUCGCUCUUGGUGUUGGGCAGCCAAAACCCGUAAGCGCCAAGCUUUACGAAGGAUUAUUAUAAGCCUGGGACAUUGUUGAAAUAUUAAAUACAUCUAUUAUAAACUUAAA